CCCUCCGUGCCCUCCCCAACGCCCGCCCGAGCGCGGCGGAUUCAAAUCGGGGCUCCACCCGAGCUGUGCUAGCCGCGUCCGAGCGUCCUCCUCCCCCUCCUGAGGGAGUGGGACCAGGACGAAGGCCGGGAAGCACUAGUGCUGGGCCUGGUGAAACCCGAGGAGAAACGGGCGCUGCCGCCGGGCGCACGGGUGAGCUCGAUCCCCUCAGGGCAUCCCAAUCCCUCUCGGAGGGUCCCGGUUCCGCGCAGUGUGAUGAUGAAGAAUAUGGCAUCCUCAAGCCUGGAAGAUUUAUGUUUCCACAUCAAUAUGAAGAUUUCAAAUAUUAAAAAGUGUCUCCUAUUGAGAGACAUAGGUAAGGAUGAUUCCCGCAAGCCUGUGCUCCAUAAAAUACGGAAUGAUGUGAUCCUUGUACAUGAUCUCCUGAAUAAAAUGGAAAAUGAAGUUAAACAGCAAGAAAAACUGAGAGAUUUGCUCAAAGAGAUGCAGAAGGCUGCUGAGAGAGACCAGAAGGAAGCAGAGCACCUCCUUGAACACAUUCCACGCUAUCUGCCCAAACCAGCCCAGAGCCGCAACAUCAUGCCAAGUGUGAAAGGACAAACAAAGGCUGUAGAAUGCAAAGCUGAGAAGAAACCUGCAAAAGAGAAAAAACCCAUUAAAGAAGCAGCAUUAAUAACCACAGAGGAGUUUGAAAGUGUUCCUGCGUAUAUGAAAGGCCGUAUAACAUAUGAUCAGAUUAAUGCAGUUGUUCAAGAGCUGAACAAGGCCGUGGUGGGCAAAUACAAGAUCUUGUAUCAGCCUUUGAAGUCUAUGAGUGCACCAGUCAGAAACCUCUACCACAGGUUCGUUGAAGAAGAAACUAAGGAUACAAAAGGAGCAUUUUUUAUUGUGGAAGAUGAUAUCAAGGCGUUCACUCAGCUGAAAUUGGAUAAGAAGUUCCACAGCAUCCUCAGCAUCCUGAGGCACUGCCAGAGAGUGAGAGAGAUUCGUGGCUCAGGGCUCAUCCGCUACGUCAUCUGCUAACAGCUCCCCUGCCUGACCUCACACCCUGCCCUGCUCUCCAGACAGCAGCACGGAGGGACAGGGAGGGGUUUUCAGGCAUCUACCCUAAAUUAGGAGUGGCAUUUAAGGAUAUGAGUUUUGCUUUUAGUUGAGGGGAACUACAAACCCAAACCAGAAAGUCAGCUGGGCACAUUUUUUGUUCUUUUAGUAUAGUUUUAAUAUAAUAUAUAUCAUAAAAUAAUAAA